AUGAGUGGAGCGCCGGGAGCGGGCCCAGGUGGGUCAGGUGGCCUAAGCGGUGGGGCCACCCACAUCUUUCGUUCGCUGUCAUCGGAAAGCCAGAAGCGGGAGUGGUCCAAGCGGCUUUCUCUCCGGGGAAUGCGCCAUGGCGGCGGCGGAGGAGGAGGUGGUCCUGGUGGAGGAGGUGCGGCAGGCACAGCCCCAGGACUGGCCAGCAGCAAGGAGGAGAGCAAGCACAGAAAGUUCUUCAGCCGCUCGGCCUCGUUGCGGCAGGCGGGAAGCGGUGGCAGCCAGCAGGCCUCCAUGGAGCUGCAUGUGCCCGGCCAGGGGCAGGGUGGUGGUGGUGGAAGCUCCUCCGGAGCGGGCUCUCCCUCACAGCCACCGCAAACGCAGACACAGCCUUCGACGCCCAAGAAGUCCAACUGGGAGGUGAUCGAACAUUUCAAUACAAGUGCCAAGGGAGGCAAGGCCAUGGUUAGCAGCAGUUUGAUUGCGGCUGGCAUUACGCGCUGCAACAUCGACGAAUCCAUCGAUUCCACCAACUCCAGCUCCACCUGCCACAGUCCCAUGGUCUACCAACGUGACGAGGCGCAGCUGCUGCAGCACGGUGAUCCUGGCAACAUGGAGGCCAACAAUCCAAAUCCGGGCGGCGGUGGAGGAGGUUCCGGUGCGGCAAACGGUCCAAUGAGUCCCAGCAUCUCGUUCUGGUUCCGUUUGAACCGCAUCAUCCUGCGUCUCUGCUCCACGCACCAGUUCAAGAAUCUCCAGGUGGAAAUGCUGUAUCAGCGCUACUUUCUGCGUAUGAACCAGAGCAACACCACGCACAUCCUGGCCCUGCUUCUGGCUUUGGUUUUGGCCCUAUCCUGCACGCACUUGGUCUUCACCACGCUGCAGCUGCGACGCAGCAGCUCCCUGCUACUGGAAAUCGGCCAAAUCGGUCUGGACGCAAAUGCGACGACCGGUGGCAACUUGACGACAACCACAAUAAAGCCUCCGGCAUCAGCCUCUCCACAAAUUGCCACUGGCAGGAGCAGCAGCAGCAAUAGUAACAUACCCUCCGCCAUUCCGAAUUUCGAUACCGGGCUUGCGGGCUGGCCAAAAGGCACUGAUUUCAAAUCCGCCGUUAACCGCGACCCGGCCGACUUCGACGAGAAUGAUAAUGGGCCCGGAUGGGGACAGUGGCGGCGGCAGAAGCGCAAACAUUAUCGACGCCUCCACAAGCAUCGCUACAAGCACAAGGCACACCAGCAGCAUCGCACCAGAUAUAGGAUACGGGAGAAGCGGAGUCUGGACGAGAUCGAGCUGGUCAGUGGAGGAGGAGGAGCCCAGCUGAUUGUUGACACUGCCCCCGAUAAUGUUUACAGAGCUCCGGCUAUAGAGCGCCAUGAUGAUGAUGGUGAUGAUGAUGAUGAUGGGCGGAGUGCUGGCAGUAAACGCAUUACGUAUACGCCGCGUGUCCGCGACAACAAUCAAAUUUCGCUUGCGGAACGUGAUGAAGUGUUAAACACAUCGUCAAACGCAGGAGCGUCAGUCAAUAAUUUGGACACUCCGCUGAGCUAUGGCCACGCCCUGGCCCUGCUCCUGAUGCAGGUGGAUGAGUCGGUGCUGGUCUUCCUCAUUGUCAUGCUAAUCUGCGGGAUUGUCUACUCCUUCCUGCUGUGUAUCCUGUCCAAGCCGGCCAUGAACGAGAUCUUCCUCGUGCUCGUCUCCUAUGUCAUCCUGGGCACCUUUCUGGCCAUCGAAGUCGCCGUCAGCUAUGCCAUGCAGCCAAGCAAAUCCUUCAAUGGCAGCGCCUGCUGCAUCGUCCUCAUCUACAUGACGUACACGAUGCUGCCCCUGCGGCUCCGAGAGGCUCUGAUCGGUGGCAUCAUCCUAAGCGUCGUCCAUCUGUACACCUGUCUGAGGUUCACCACGGCCGCCGCCGCCAGGGAAGAUGAGCCGACGGAGGCAAUCAAAUGGGAGGAGCUGCUCUGUACUCUGGUGGCCCUCCUCCUGGCCAAUCUCACCGGCGUCUACACCCACUGGCCCAAGGAGAAGGCCCAGCGCAAGGCGUUCAUUGAGACGAGGCAAUGCAUCGAGGCCAGGCUGCGGACACAGCGCGAAAACCAGCAACAGGAACGCUUGCUGCUGUCGGUGCUGCCGCGUCAUGUGGCCAUGGAGAUGAAGGACGAUAUUGCGGGCCAGCCACGUGACACACAAUUUCACAAGAUAUACAUCCAGCGGCACGAGAAUGUCAGCAUUCUCUUUGCGGACAUCUGCGGCUUCACCAGCCUCUCGGAUCAGUGCACCGCCGAGGAACUGGUGCGUCUGCUGAACGAGCUCUUUGCCCGCUUUGAUCGAUUGGCUGCGGAGCAUCAUUGUCUGCGCAUUAAGCUGCUGGGCGAUUGUUAUUACUGCGUCUCCGGACUCCCGGAGCCCCGUCCGGAUCAUGCCCAUUGUGCCGUCGAAAUGGGACUCGAUAUGAUUGACGCCAUUGCGCUGGUCCGCGAGGUGAUGGCGGUGAAUGUGAACAUGCGAGUGGGCAUCCACACGGGCCGAGUGCACUGCGGUGUCCUGGGCCUGGUCAAGUGGCAGUUCGAUGUGUGGUCCAACGAUGUCACGCUAGCGAAUCACAUGGAGAGCGGCGGGAUACCCGGACGCGUUCACAUCACCAAGGAGACCUUAAAGUGUCUGGAUGGCGACUAUGAAGUGGAGCAGGGCAAGGGCAACGAACGCAACUCGUAUCUCAAGGAUCACCAGAUAGAAACCUAUCUCAUAGUGCCGGGGGAUAUCUACAGGCCGCACAAAAAGUCUCGGAAUCGCCUGCAGGUUAAUGGAAAUAUAUCCAAAGAGCUGCGCAUGAUGGGUCAUGGAACAGCCCAGAAGCACACUUCAAAAUUUGGCUUUGGGGACAGUUCGGAGAGUGCCAAGGAUCCGGAGGACGAGGUCAAUGAGUAUCUAAUGCGUGCCAUAGAUGCCCGCAGCAUAGAUCACUUGAGGGCCGAGCAUUGUCAGUCCUUGCUGCUAUGCUUCAAGGAUAAUGUGCUGGAGAGAAAGUACGCCAGCGAGCCGGAUCGCAUGUUGUGUGUUUACUUCUACUGCAGUCUGUUGGUGCUGCUCGGAACGAGUGCAAUGCGCCUGGUGGUGUUCCAGAGCUCCCUGUUGACUCUGGCUUUGUCCACCGGCGCUGUGCUGCUGCUCGGGCUCCUGGUAUUUCUGGUGGCAUGUCAUAAAAUCAACUUUCAGCUGCCAUCGGACAUCAAACGCUUCUCAUUGCGCAUUCAUAGCAAUCGCAGGAUAUCGCAGUUUUUCGCCUUCGCCAGCGUCGCUUUGAUUGUUCUCACCACCCUCCUGGCCAUGUUCCAGGAAUCGGCCCGCCAGCUGGAGUUGCUUCAGCGGAAGUUGUUCUGGCUGGAUGUCAACGGGAAUAUAAAUGUCACGGCAUAUAACCAUCAGGAGAUGUAUGCCCUGGAGGAUUCCGACUCCGAUUGCGACUUUUAUUUGGCCUACAAUACAUUCCUGCUGCUCACGCUGCUUUCGAUGAUGAGCUGUGCCACCUACCAAGUGCUGCGCAUCCUGCUGAAGCUGAUGCUGCUCCUGCUGGCCUCCGGCAGCUACAUGGCCUGCUCCACCUACUUGUACACGCGCAGCAAGGAAAUAAGCCAGGAGUUGGCCAACGAGGAGGCAAUGCUGCGCUACAUAAUUGAUUCCAUAUUCCUGUUCGCCUUUAUGCUGGCGCUGAUUUUUCACAGCCAUCAAACGGAGGCCACUUACCGCCUGGACUUUAUUUGGAAGCUGCAGGCCACGGAGGAAAAGGAGGACAUGGAGCAUCUACAGGCUUAUAACCGUAAACUGCUCGAAAACAUUCUGCCCGUUCACGUGGCCGAGCAUUUUCUGAGCCGCGAAAAGCACCUUGACGUGAGUACACAAUUAUACAAACAAAUAUUAUUAUAUUUU